UUAUGAGCGCAGCCGCCCUGCGCGACUGCACCUGGCCGGCCGCUGACCUCCCGGCGAUGCUUGCGGACUGAGAAGCUGAUGCUUGCGGACGCCCCCGUCGCCUCCCGGGACUGACUCCUGGGACUAACGUCAGCAGAAACAAUACCGGGACCUUCUGCUGUGCUUGGAUGCCCUGGUAGCUCAGCUUCAGACACCCUCAGCACCGUGGUCCUCACCUGUCCCGUCCUCCACCCAGUGGAAACGUUCUGGUUUCUGUGUGAGGACAGUGACAUAAAGUCACUGACCCAGCUGUUGGUCGUUUUCUGACUGGAGGAGGAAGAAACACUGACCUUUCCGCCACCAGGCCAAAGAUGCCUCUCUUCGGGAACACGUUCAGUCCAAAGAAGACACCCCCACGGAAGUCCGCUUCCCUGUCCAACCUGCACAACUCAGACGUGAAGCCUCCUCCCCACCGCAGGCCUGCCCCGGCUCCAGGGCGUUUUCAAAGGAUGUUCCGGACACGUUCGCAGUGGCCAGGGCGCAGAGGACAGCAGCUGGAUCGGUCCACGCGAGAGGUGGAGCUGGGCCUGGACUACGGAACCCCCACUAUGAACCUGGCGGGACAGAGCCUCAAGUUCGAAAACGGCCAGUGGACAGCAGAGACCGGGAUCAGCGCCGGAGUGGACACCAGGGAGGCAGAGCGCCUCCGGCGGCGCACCCAGCAGCUGGAGGCGGAGAACAACCUGCUGCGCCUGAAAGUGGACCUCCUGCUGGACAUGCUCUCCGAGGCCACUGCUGAAUCCCACCUCAUGGAGAAGGAACUGGAUGAGCUGAAGGGCAUCAUCCAGAGAAGGAAAUGAAGACCCCUGAGACAUCUGUUAGAACAGGGAGACAUCCCAGAUCGGAGGAGCAGGAAAUGACCGAGGGGUUGCUGGGCCCUGGGAGAGCGCACCAGCGGCGUCCAGGUCACAGCAGGCAGGCGACAGGUGGUGGAGGAAACCGGGGGCCAGGCCUGGACAGGGGUCGGAGGUGCCCCAGCUGCUGGCUGGGGAGCUGGGGGCCACAGGGCAGCCUCCUGGGGAGCUCUCACCCCUGUCAGGGGACCCGGGCAGGAGAAGCAGCCAGAGUUCAUCAGCCGAGCCCCCAUGCUGGUAUUUGGGGGGCCUCUGGUGUUCAGAGCCCUGGGUCGCAGCUGAAGACCUCCAGGGUCUCAGCCCUCGGGCCCUCACUCCCUCCUCUGCCCGACUGCUUCUCCAGGCCCCCGGCCCUCGCCUCUCUGGCUCCCACCUCCCAGCCACGAGUGCCCCCCUCUGCAGCAACGCUAUUUUUGUGCUGCUUCCUACUUACACUAUUUUUUUUUUUUCAAUUAAAUGGUGUUAUG